AUGGCUAGAGUAGUAAAGAACAAUAAAGUACUAUUCAAAUAAACUUAACUUCUUUUUCAUGGGAGUGAGCUUUUGAAAGUGCCUUCUAAACCAGUAGAAUUUCCAUUGAAUUAAGAAAUUAACGAUGUCCUCGAUGAUCUUUAACAUGCAAUAAGAAAUGUUCAAGGAUUUUGGUCUAAGAAAUCAAUGGCAAUAUCUGCCCCUCAGAUUGGAAAGCAUCAUAGAAUUUUCUUAAUUUGUGCAAAAAAGUACUGGUACCACCCUUAUCUUAUGUAUAAGAAUUUUCACAACUUCAUUAACCCAGAGAUCUUAGAGUAUUCAAAUGAGAAAAUAGAGGUAUGGGAAGGUUGUGUAUCAAAUAAUGACCACAUUUAUUUAGUAGAGAGGCCUAAGGAUAUAGUACAUGAAUUAGAUCAUUUAAAUGGUAUAUAGAUGGAAGAUAUAGGGAAAAAGUAAUAUCCUAUUUCUCAAUUAAUUGAAUAAAAUGACUAUGAUAAGUUUUAUGACGAAAAUAAAGAUCACAUUCUUGAAGAUUGA